CCUCUCACUUCCUGACAGUAUCGAAGCUACCUGAGGUAUGCUAACAUUACUAUAUGUAUUGCUUUUAUCCCAACGUCGCCUAUACAGCCCAAACAUUCGCACCGACAACACUUUUGUAGUGCUAUCUGCACUCGUCUUCCUCACUAUGGCAGAGUGGAUGCACUUGCUUUACAGUGGGUUGACCCCCGAGGAGUUCCAGGAACGUAUCUGUACCAUCGGUCACCGCACCUUUGCUAUCCUCGCUGCUAUUCCCCGCCUGGGCCUCGUCAUCAUUCGCAACGUCGAAAUUGUCGUGAUAGCAGACUCCCUGGCUCUCGCAUGUGGCCUUAUAGUGGCGAGCAUGUUCCCUGCACUGAUAUUCCCACUGAUACUGUUAGGCGUUCAAACAAUACGAGGGUGGAUUGUCAAUUGAAGGGGACAGCGUGCACCCGAGCACAACAGAGCUGAGGACACACUCG